AUGGCCUGCAAGGUGCAGCAACAGAUGGAGGUUUCAGAUUUCAGUGUAUUGUCAGGUAGCAUUCAGGUUUCUGUGAACUUGGUAGUCUUCAGGUUCAAACCACGCACGUACUGCACAUCAUCAUCGUCGUCCUGGCGAUCCAUCACAAGCACCAGUGUGGCAGCGUGGCGUGGCGGCGGCGUGGAGACUCGGCGGCGCAGUGGCCUGGAGAUAAUCGGCGGCGCGGCGGCAUGGUGCAGUGGCGCGGCGCGGUGGUGA